CCCUCCUUAUGCCUAUUAGGCACAUGGCAAACUUUGCACCAGAUCCUAGGCCUCACCCAAGGAGGGAGUUCUGUGUUUGAAGUGAGACCGGAAACAGGAAAAACGAAGUGAACUCUCAGACCCCUAGUUGAAUCCUUACAGGAAGGCCUGCUGUCAAAUAGCUGCUGUGCGCAGGGUGCCCUAGCUACUCGGAAAAUUCGUGGAGGUGUUCAUCUAGAUACCUGGCACCAGAGACUGCAGAGCAGAUUCAGAGGUGUGAGCUUACGAAGACUAGAGCAUAGACUUCAGGUUCAGGUUUGCUGAUUGACAGAGGCUGAGUCUGCCUUCCCCACAAUGGCAGAAGUGGUAGCCGAGGUAGUCGAGAUGCCAACACAGAUGUCUCCAGGGGCCCUGGAAUUGUCAGCCCCGGUGCUAGGGGAGGUGGCAGAGAUGUCAACUGAGGUGAUGGAGAUGACACCUGGGGAGGCCCUUGCCUCCUCCCUCUUCUUCCAGCACCACCAGUUCAUGUGUUCAGAGUGUGGCAACCUCUACAACACACUGGAAGAAGUCCUUUCCCACCAGGAACAGCAUGUGCCCACUGUCACUGAGGAGGAGGCGGUGUUGGCCACCCAGGACACCAGUCUGGAGCAAAGCAGCAUGGAGGAUGGGCCUUUCCAGUGCUGUGAAUGCAGCCAGCUCAUCCUUUCUCCUAGUGAGCUCCUCGCCCACCAGGAAGCCCACCUUCAGGAGUCUGCAAGUGAGAUCCAGUACCAAUGCAGGGACUGCCAGGAGCUGUUCCCCACACCGGAACUAUGGAUGGCUCACCGGCGGGCCCAGCACCUUUCUUCAGCAGUGGUCGAACCACCGGAGCCACCUCCUACCUCACCUCCACCUCCGCCCCCUGCUCCACCAGAACCCAAGAUGGAGCCCUACGAGUGUCCCGAGUGCUCUACCCUGUGUGCCACCCCUGAGGAAUUCUUGGAGCAUCAAGGCACGCACUUUGACUCUCUGGAGAAAGAAGAGCGCAAUGGGCUGGAGGAGGAAGAGGAAGAUGAGGACGAAGAGGAAGAAUCAGAGGACGAGGAGGUGGCAGCAGAGGCUGGUGAUGACACUGCAGGAGGGGACAAGUCCACAGCAGACCAGGCCUCAGGCUGUGGGGAUCAUCCCCCACAAAGAAACACCCCAGGGGCACGUCGGCGACACUGGCGGGCCUCUCGAGGCCCUGCGUCAGCCACCCACCCCUUCCACUGCAGCCAGUGCCAGCGCAGCUUCAGCUCCGCGAACCGGCUGCUGGCUCACGGCCGGGCCCACAUAGGGGGCACGCACGAGUGCAGCACCUGCUCCAAGGUCUUCAAGAAAGCGGCCUCCCUGGAGCAGCACCAGCGGCUGCAUCGCGGCGAAGCCCGCUACCUCUGCGUGGACUGUGGCCGAGGCUUUGGCACCGAGCUCACACUGGUGGCCCACCGGCGGGCCCACACCGCCAACCCACUGCACCGCUGCCGCUGCGGCAAGACCUUCAGCAACAUGACCAAGUUCCUCUACCACCGGCGCACUCACGCUGGCAAGAGCGGAGUGCCCCCCACAACCACUGCAGCCUCCCCAGCCCCAGUGGAGCCCCCACCACCCCCUCCAGCCCCGGCUCCACCAGUCCAGCUGCCCUGCCCUCAGUGCUCCAAGUCCUUUGCUUCAGCCUCUCGGCUCUCCCGGCACAGGCGCACAGUCCACGGGCCCCCAGAGCGGCGGCACCGCUGCGGCAUUUGUGGCCGGGGCUUCAAGAAGCUGGUCCAUGUGCACAACCACCUGCGGACACACACGGGCGAGAGACCCUUCCAGUGCCACUCCUGUGGCAAGACCUUUGCCUCCUUGGCCAACCUCAGCCGCCACCAGCUGACCCACACGGGCGUGCGGCCCUACCAGUGCCUGGACUGUGGCAAGCGCUUCACGCAGAGCUCCAACCUGCAGCAGCACCGCAGGCUGCACCUGAGGCCGGUGGCCUUUGCCCGAGCGCCCCGCCUGCCCAUCACCGGGCUCUACAAUAAGAGCCCCUACUACUGUGGGACCUGCGGCCGCUGGUUCCGUGCUAUGGCUGGCCUUCGGCUGCACCAGCGGGUCCACGCCCGAGCCCGGUCCCUGACACUCCCGCAGCCUCCACGCUCGCCACCCCUAGCUCCACCCCCAGCCCCCGAGCCUCAGCAGACAAUCAUGUGCACUGAGCUGGGGGAGACCAUCGCCAUCAUCGAGACAUCCCAGCCGCUGGCACUGGAGGACACGCUGCAGCUGUGCCAGGCGGCCCUGGGGGCCAGUGAAGCCAGCGGGCUACUGCAGCUGGACACAGCCUUCGUGUGACACAGCAGAGCAGCAGCUGUAAGGGGGCUCAGCUGCAAGUGUAGAUACCUCUGGAGAGGGGGUGGCCCAACCCUGGCGAGCUACUCUGGCGCCCACCAUGUGCCUCGAUCUACCCCAGCCUUUUCCAGCUGACUCCUCAGAAGGGCCCUGCCAGGUUUCUCCCAUAACCCCUUCUUCCUGAAGGGAAACUGAAGCUCUGAGACAUGAUAUGCUGUCCCAGGGCACCUUGCUGCUCUGCAGAACGAGACUAGCCAAUGUGCUCUGUUCCCCAGCACCCCAGGACCCAGCAGCAUUGGGCCACCUCCCCUGAGCCUCAGCUGAGGGCCAGGUCUGCUGGGCACAGUCACAGAUAUGC